AUGUCAAUCCCUGAUGUUUCUUCUCUGUCACUGGUAUCCGAAUCUAGUUCAGAAAAUGAUGAACACGAAAAAGCAAAUCUCGCCCUCCUUUUGGAUAGCUACAAGGAGAAGUUGAGCCAAUUUCCAAAAGAAAAAGGCUGGAUGGGUCAAGAGGUAUUCAUGUAUCAAGGAUUUUGGUACACCUCCGACAAUGCAUUCUCAAUUGAAAGAAUGAUGGCUGUGCAAGAAAUAUUUCAAGCUCAUUCAUCUGAUAUCUACGUCAUUACACAACCAAAAUGUGGUACAACAUGGAUUAAGGCCCUCGUGUAUGCUAUUGUGAACCGAACAAAGUACAAAAACAUCAAUCCAUCAGAUCACCCUCUAAACAUCUCUAACCCCCACAAAUGUGUGCCUUUCCUUGAGACUGAAAUCAUUAUUAAAGUUUAUAUGUGCAGGAACCCUAAGGAUGUUUUGGUCUCUUGGUUUCACUUUGCAAACCAGUUGAAAGAUAAAUCUCGUACCUCAAUGACCAUCGGUGAGAUGCUUGAUGUGUAUGCUAAAGGUUUUAUGCCAUAUGGACCUUACUGGGAUCAUGUGAUAGAGUACUAUAAGGCUAGUUCUGAGGAGCCGACAAAGGUUCUAUUUUUAACAUACGAGGACACGAAAAUAGAUACUCAAAGUAAAGUGAAGCGUUUAGCAGAGUUCUUGGGCUACCCUUUCACGGAGGAGGAAGUGGCCAAAGGUGUGGUGGAAGAGAUCGUGACGCUAUGUAGUUUUGAAAAUUUAAAGGAAGUUAAUAAGAAUGGGGAUUUCAUUACGGGUGUCCCUAAUAACACUUUCUUUAGGGAAGGAAAGGUUGGAGGAUGGAGCAAUUAUCUUACAAAGGAAAUGAGCCAGAUUUUGGAUGACAUUACGACGGAAAAGUUUCAAGGUUUGGAUAUCUCAUUCUGA